AUUCCCCGCAUAAGAACAAUAAUCUUUAACACUAACAGUACAGGCGGAGGAGGCGGAGGAGACUCCACCAACCACCAGUUUGACAGCUUUCCGGAAAUCUGAGGCUCAAGCUUUGUUGGCUGUGAUUGGUGUUCUGCACUAUUUUUAAUCUUUAAGUUUCCUUGGAAAUAAAGCUGAGUCCCUCUUUUUCCGAUAGAGAUAAAUAAGAGAAAAAAAAGGUAGUGGAAUAUUAUGGAGACUAAAGUUUCACAAAGCUUGCAACUGUCAACAUGGAUGAAUUCGGAAAGGACUGUAAGAAAACCAAAUGGUUCAUUGCGGUUUUCCCAGAACUGUGGUGAACAGCAUAGCUAUAAGACAACUAUUUCAUAUCAUUUACCGACUAGAAAAGGAUGGAGCUGGCAAAGGCCAUUAGUUUUGAAGGUUUCGUGCUCUUCUGAAAAUGUACCAGCUUCAAUGUUGGAGUCUGGGAGUUUUCCUGCAUCAUUUAAUGAAACUAAGAUUUUAGAGAAUAAAGCCAAAGAGAUUGAACAAUAUCUAAACGGACGUUGUAUAUAUCUUGUCGGAAUGAUGGGAUCUGGAAAAACAACAGUGGGCAAGGUUUUAUCAGAAGCUCUUGGGUAUUCUUUUUAUGACUGUGACACACUAAUUGAGCAAGCACUUGGUGGAACUACUGUGGCUGAAAUAUUCAAGUCACAUGGAGAGAACUUCUUCAGAGACAAUGAGACUGAGGUAUUACGGAAGCUGUCUAUGAUGCAUCGGUUAGUUGUUUCCACAGGUGGGGGUGCAGUUGUUCGGCCCAUCAAUUGGAGAUACAUGCAAAAGGGUAUCAGUGUUUGGCUAGAUGUACCUUUGGAAGCAUUAGCACGGAGAAUUACAGCUGUAGGAACUAAUUCUCGGCCCCUUUUGCAUCAUGAAUCCGGAGAUCCUUAUCUCAAGACCAUGAAGCAGCUAUCUACCCUUUUCGAAGAGCGGGGUGAAGCAUACACCAAUGCAAAUGCCAGAGUUUCCCUAGAAAAUAUUGCAGCCAAACUGAGAGACACAGAUGUAUGCAAUCUCACACCCGCUGUAAUUGCAAUCGAGGUGCUUGAACAAAUUGAGACGUUGUUAAAGAAGUAAGCUGUGACAAUUCAAUUUUGGUUCCAAUGAAAUUUGUAAGUUUAAUGCUAUUGAGUCGAAAGACAUGGACGAUAUUGGUAAUGCUAAAUGGUAUGUUGUAAACGUUGUUUGUAAUUGUUACUCGCUGGAUGCUUUUGUCAGUUCUAUUGUAAUGGUGGUAUUAUUAUCUUUUUCUUAUUUACCAAAAAAUUU